GUUGUGCUACACAGGCCGAUGUGACUUUUAUUCUGGACUCCUCAUACACUGUCGGACAAAAUAACUUUGAGAAACAAAAGGACUUUGUGAAGCAAGUCGUCGGUGAUCUCAAGGUUGACCCCAACAGUGUCCGUAUCAGUACCGUCACCUACAACGAUGUGGUACACAACCAGUUCUUCCUCAAUCAGCACAACACGCAGAGUGACGUCAUCAACGCGAUCUCUGCCGUGCCGUACACGGGAGGUAGCGCGCACACAGCUGACGCGCUACAGUACGUGUCCAGGCAGUCGUUUAACACGCUGCAUGGAGGAAGGACAAACGUGCCUCAUAUCGCCAUACUGGUGACGGACGGGCCCUCAAUCACCCCGGACAUCACCAAGUUUGAAGGACAGAAUGCCAAGGACAAGGGUAUCCUUAUGUACAGCGUCGGCGUCGGCGGCGGCAUCGACAGAGACGAGCUGACGUCGAUCGCUAGCGACCCAAAGUCACGUUACAUGAUGACAGCCGAGAACUACGAUUCUCUCAACAGUAUCUCCGAUCUCUUGGCCUCUAAAAUCUGUAACGAACUCCCACCAAACCCUAAUAUGAUAUCAUCGCCCACCAGCUGUCUUCAGAAUCCUGCUGAUGUUGUCUUCAUGGUCGACUCUUCAAGUAACGUUGGGCCCAUCAACUUCAUGAAGAUGCAGAACUUCAUCAAGAACACUGUCUCUGACAUGAACGUUCAGCCCAAUGGCGUCCACGUGGGUCUGAUGCAGUACAGUAGCUACCCUUCAUCUCAGUUCCCGCUCAAUCAGUACACCAGCCGCGGCGACGUCCUCAAGGCAGUGGAACACCUCUCACUGAUGGGAGGCGGCUCCAACACCGCCGACGCUAUAUCUUACACACGUGACCACAUGUUCUCCCAGAGCGAGGGUGGACGAUCCAAUGUACCCAGAAUUGCCAUUUUGUUGACCGACGGCGACUCAAACGACCAGUCUUCUGCAAUCGCUGCUGCAAACAAAGCCAGAGAUGCCAGCAUAGGGCUUAUCUCUGUUGGCAUCGGUGGCCGCGUCAACCAGCAGGAACUAGCCGGUAUAUCGCCGUCCAACGUUAUCAACGUCAAUAGCUUCGAUCAGUUGGAUUCAGUCAAAAGCGCUCUACUCCAGAAAAUGUGCGGAGUAAAGAACACCUUUGACUUUAACGCCGUUACUAGUGGUUCUUGCGUCGACAAGUUGAACAACUGUGCUGCAUACGGACGAGCAGUGUGUACCAACUACCAAACAUGGGCUAGUGCUAACUGUCAGGCAUACUGUGGAAUAUGUACAUACAAGUACCAGCCGUCCCUACCCUCCUGUACAGAUAAGGUAUCUAACUGUGCUGCUGUUGGGUGUAACAGUCAGGUCCAAUGGGCCCGUGACAACUGUAAACUCACAUGCGGAUACUGUGGAGUUGGAUCAGGCAGUAGCAGUGCUGCUGGUUUCUAUGGCCGCUGUGCAUACAAAGGAAAGACCUACGCAACUGGAGAGAAGUGGACUGAUGGCUGUGACUAUGAAUGUGUUUGUCAGGACGGAAACUCCGGCAAAUAUAACUGCUACAACAAGUGUCCAGUGUACUAUGACCUCCCCUCCCUGUGUACAUUGGUGAGGAAGCCUGGAGAUUGUUGCUUACAGCCUACCUGUAACUUUGCUUCCAAUGUCCAGACCUUUGAACAGAACAGUGCUGAAGUGACAAAGGAGGGAUACAAGGUAUGUGCAUACAAGGGAAAGCAGUACUUCCAGCGCCAAACAUGGAAGGAUGGAUGUGCCUACCAAUGUACAUGUCUAGAUGCAUCAACAGGACAUUACAGAUGUGAACAGCUGUGCCCAACAUACAACGCCCUUCCCAGCUACUGUAACCUGGUACAGACACCUGGCCAGUGCUGUCAGCAGCCGGUGUGUGAAUUCAGUCAGCAGCAUGGAAGCUUCAGUGGACAGGGUCAAAUAAGUGGACAGGGAGCUGGUCUCGCCUACACCCCACCAAGUGCCUGUUCUGACGUCCUCACUACCUGCCAACAAUAUGACAAGAACUCAUGCACAGCCUACCCACAGUGGGCCCAGGCUAACUGUAAACUCACAUGUGGUCUAUGCAGUGCAUCUAAUCAACUGGCAGCCUCUGGAGCUGGUGAUCAUUGUGUGUACCAGGGAAAAUCCUACACACAGGGUCAGAGCUGGAGCCCCACCUGUUCCCUCAAGUGUACCUGUGAGUCAGCCAAGUAUGGAUACUACAGAUGUGUAAAUCAAUGUCCAACAUAUAACAACUUACCUAGUGGAUGUAACGUACGCAAGCCUGUCGGUUAUUGUUGUGAGGUAGUCGAGUGCCAGACUGGAUCAGCUUUCUCGUCCUCACAGAACAUAAACUCCAUUGGAAAUGGAGGUGGUUUCCAUAUCAUCAACCCCGCUCAGGGCCUUUACCCUGCCCCCACUGCCUAUACAGGAGGACCCAUUUCUGUAGGAGCUGGAGGCACUGGAUUCCAACCUAACCCUAUCAGUGGAUGUCUGUUUAACGGUCAAGUUUACUACCAGAACCAGCCAUUUGAUGAUGGCUGCUCCCGGUCAUGUGUGUGUCUCAAUGCUACAAGUGGACAGUACUCUUGUCGUGACAAGUGCCCUGUAUACCAGAACAUGCCAUCCACUUGUGUCCAGGUGACUGAUGCCAAUGACCCCUGUUGUACAUCCCCCAAGUGUACACCAGACCCAGUAACCGGCCAGAUGCCAAACCUCAUUCCUGUCUUCCAGCCAGCCAUCACUGGUAUUGGCCAGGUACAGCCUCCAGCUCCCGGAUCAGGAAGUGGAGGGUUCCAGCUUCCAUACUCUGGAUAUGUCAUCCUUAGUCAAACAGGAUUUGUACCGCCACCACCCACGGCUCCUGCUGGAAUAUCAAAGCAAGGAUUCUGUGUGGCCAAGUCUGGUAAACAUUAUUCCCCUGGAGAUCAAUGGGAGGAGGGAUGUGAGUACAACUGUGUCUGUGACAACGGACUUACAGGACACUACACUUGUGUAGAGAAGUGCUACAAAUAUGAGUAUGUACCCAACCCAUACUGUCAAUUUGUGCGAGAUCCUACGAACCCUUGCUGUGUUGUUCCCCGGUGCUAUGCCAUCCCUCAUGGAGUAGAGUUCACCGGCCUGAGGACUACACCCAUGACCAAAGAGAAUGUAUGUACAUAUGAAGGAGAGACAUACCAACAGGGACAGACCUGGUAUGAUGGCUGUAGUUAUAAGUGUACAUGUGAGGAUGCUAUGAAUGGUAUCUACCGAUGCACAAGCAGAUGCCCUGAUUAUCUUGACCCUCCUGCUGGAUGUACGCUGAUCUCUGAUCCCCGUGACCCUACCUGCUGUAGAAUGCCCAAAUGUAACCCACCGGGCACCACCAACAACAUCACCGGCACUGGCCAGGUCAUUCCUAACCCCAUCCCUCCAGCAUCAUACUAUGGCAAGAUCACAGGCGAAGGCAAAGUCCCAGGCUACUGUAUCUACAAGGGAAGCCAAUACACAACUGGCCAGAUCUGGGAAGACGGCUGUGAUCUAACAUGUGAAUGUAAGGACUCUGAGACAGGAGUCUACCAAUGUACAGACACAUGUCAGAGAUACACUGGCCUGCCAUCUUACUGUCGACUGGUCAAUGACUUUGCCAAUCCAUGCUGUAAGAAACCUGAGUGUAACCCACCUGGUUCAACUGGAACUAUUGAUGGACAGCACCCAGUCAUCCCUGGUGUAUCCCCCUCACCAACAGCUUCCCCCAACCCACUUCUUCCAACACCACUACCCGCCACUAGUCAGUAUUGUGUAUACAAAGGAGCAAACUACAUCCAGGGACAGACAUGGGAAGAUGGCUGCAACUUCAAAUGCCGCUGUGAUGACUCCAGUCGUGGAAUCUACACCUGUCUUGAGAGGUGUGCCAAAUUUGACCAAACUAAUGCUGAUUGUAAACUGGUCUCCGACCCAGAAGAUGGCUGUUGUUUGGUACCAGUCUGCCCCCGCCCUACCCCCGGGCCAGGACUAACAAACCCCCCAGGCCCCACUCCCGUCCCCACCAUCCCCAACCAACCCUUCACUGGACAGGUUCACUUGCCAACACCUGUACCAGUUCCAGGACAACCAUUACCAACACCAAAAUAUCCUCUUGGUUACUGCUACUACAAGGGCGACACCUACACACAAGGACAGACCUGGGACGAUGGCUGUGACUAUACAUGUGUGUGUACAAAUGCCUCAACAGGGGCCUACAAAUGUAACAACAAGUGUCCACGAUAUGUUGAGCUGCCUCGCAACUGUCGACUUGUCAAGGACCCAACAAACCCUUGCUGUAAGACAACUGAGUGCUAUAACAACCCUACUCCUGCCCCUACACCAGGAAACUCGCCCACUCCCGGAAACCUACCAAAUCCCACAGGACAACCCGGAGGAUUUACUGGAACAGGACCAGCACCUUCCCCAACACCAGGACAACCAAACCCAGUGAAUCCACAGGGACCAAUACCAACCUCACCACCUCAGGGACCUUUUAAUCCUGUUACCACCCCAGCUCCCCUUCCCAAAAAUGUGUGUGUUUACAAGGGUAAAAGCUACACCCAGGGACAACAGUGGUACGAUGGCUGUGACUUUACUUGUAUUUGUGAGGAUGGUACCUCAGGUGUUUACAGGUGUAAUAACAGGUGUCCUCAGUAUCCCCAGCCAGCCUCUACCUGUACCAUGGUACCAGAUCCUAAGGAUCCCUUGUGCUGUAGGAAACCCAGUUGUCCUACCAAUCCAAACCAGCAAUUCCAGACUGAACCACCUGCCCAAGUGAUAGGAGGCGUUGUCACACCCAGACCAACCAGGCCUAACUACACACCAGGCGUUUAUACUAACCCACCAGUCUCUGGUACUAAUCCACCAAAGGUGCCAAGUUCUCCAUUACCUGGCCAGACUAAUCCGCCAUAUAAUCCAACUAACAACCCUCUGAUACCAACACCACAGCCACCAAUUAUACCUACCACGCCUGCUCCAGUCUACAGAGAGAACAUGUGCGUUUACAAGGGAAAACAGUAUGCUACUGGUCAGAGAUGGCAGGAUGGCUGCAGCUACGACUGUAUCUGUCAAGAUGGUACAACUGGACUCUACAAGUGUGACCAGAAGUGUACUCAAUACACUAAUCUGAAGCCUGGCUGUCAGCUGGUGAGAGAUAUGUACAACCCUUGUUGUAUGAAGCCAUACUGUACUCCAACAGAUCAGCCUCCCGUCAUCACUAUCACUCCUCCUCCAGGCCAAGUUGUCACCAACAAGCCAAAGAACUGUAUGUACAAUGGUGUAGAAUACAAACAGGGACAGACCUGGGCUGAUGGCUGUGAUCUCAACUGUAUCUGUGAAGAUGCUACCACUGGCUUCUACAGGUGUUCAGACCGAUGCCCCCAUUACGGUGCCCUGCCAGCUGGCUGUGUUAUGGAGACUAGUCCCUCCGACCCUUGCUGCCGUCGCCCGAAGUGUAACCCUGACCUGAUGGUCCAGCCAACCCUGCCCUUCGUAGCACCAACUCUGGCCCCUGGUGUGACUGGCCCAGUACCAACACCCAAGCCAGUACCCUCCAUCAACCCUGAGUUAUACACCAACCCUCCACCAAUUAUCACUGGUGUGGGCAAGCCUAAAGACCAGUACAAGUGUAUGUACAAGGGUAUUGUAUACAACACUGGGCAAACAUGGCAAGAUGGAUGUGAUCUGAACUGUGAAUGUAUUGAUGAGCACACUGGUCGAUAUAGAUGUGUCCAGAGGUGUCGUGCCUACAAUGUAGUAUCACUCCCUCCAACCUGUAACCUGGUAGUGGACCCCAAGGACCAGUGCUGUAAGGUGCUACAGUGUGUUGAACCCGUCACUCCUGCUCCAACACCUUUUGUACCUAUCGGCACACCAAGCAUUGGCACAGGACCAAUCCAGUCUGGAACGCGACCACCUUACACUGGAGCUCCGACACCCAGCCCAACCCCAGGACAAACCUAUCCUCCCAACUACACUGGAACGUACCCACCUAACUACACCCCAGGGCAACCCUACUAUCCACCCAACUACACUGGAACGUACCCACCUAACUACACCCCAGGGCAACCCUACUACCCACCCAACUACACUGGAACGUACCCACCUAACUACACCCCAGGGCAACCCUACUACCCACCCAACUACACUGGAACGUACCCACCUAACUACACCCCAGGGCCAAGUUACAGACCGCCCGUAACUCCGGCACCUACACCAGCUCCUACAGCUAAACCAAAGGUAUGUGUAUACCAAGGCAACACCUACACACAGGGACAGCAAUGGUAUGGAGACUCGUGUUCCACAAAGUGUGUCUGUGAAGAUGGUUCAACUGGCUACUACAGAUGUGUUCAGAGGUGUGCUAGUUAUCCCAACCUGCCAUCCAGCUGUACUUUGGUUCCUGAUCCUAAGGAUCCACAGUGCUGUCAGAUACCAAAGUGUUAUCCUGGUACCAAUGGAAAUCCUACACCUAACCCCAGCUCAGGGCCUGUCCUCAUCACAGGAUUCCCAGGAAAGGUCACUGGAUUUGGUCAAACGAUACGCCCAACAGUCCCACUACCAACUACCUACAACCCAUAUAAUCCUAACCCUAAUCCGACAGCAGGCGGACCCAACCCAGGAACUCCAUACGUUCCUGUACCAGGAGUUUCAACUGUAAGGCCAACACCACAACCUCAACCGUCUACACCUUCUCCAGCACCUCAUGUGUGCUUAUACAAGGGUCAGGCCUAUCAGACUGGACAGAGAUGGCAGGAUGGUUGUCAGUACAACUGUGUUUGUGAGGAUGGCAUGACCGGCAAAUAUGUCUGUACAGAAAGGUGCUCUGUUUUCCCACAACUUCCUCGUGAGUGUCGACUACAGAGGGAUCCUAAGGAUUAUUGUUGUAUGACUCCAGUGUGUGACUAUCAGCCGACCACUACUCCACCACCCACGAUGUUCCCUCCCAACACCAACAACCCACCAGGAACAGGACCCAGCGCCUCCCCUAGGCCCAACAACACACCCCCACCAGCAUUCUGUCUGUACAAUGGUGUGCCAUACAUGCAGGGACAGACCUGGGAUGAUGGAUGCAAACAGAAAUGCAGAUGUGAUGAAGCUGACAAAAAUAUCUAUACAUGUUUCGACAGGUGUAAGAGUUUCCCCAACUUGCCACCAGGAUGCACCAUGGUUACUGAUCCCAAUGACCCCUGUUGUCAACUCCCAGAAUGCACCAAUAUCCCGACUGCUGCACCAACUCCAUAUGUUCCAGGAAACAACCCAACCCCUGGUCCUUCCUUGAAUCCUACUCAGUUCCCUCCAACUCUUCCUGGAGGCCAACCUGCCCCCACAGACAGUCCCUAUUACCAUCCCUCUGCUUCACCUACCCCACAGGGAAACACCACCCCAAAUCCAUACCCAGUACCUACUCUUCCUGGAGGAGUGAUCGUUGGUGGGAAACCAACACCCAGCACAGGAAACAACCCCUUCCCUCAACCCAACCAGAACCCUAAGUCAGGCAAAUGUGAAUACAAGGGUAACAUGUACAGCACUGGCGACAAAUGGGACGAUGGUUGUACUUACAACUGUGAGUGUAUUGAAGAAGUGUCUGGACGAUACACUUGUACAGAGAAAUGCCCACGAUUUGCCCAACUACCAGUAUACUGCUACAUGAUACAAGACACCAAGCAGCCCUGUUGUAAGGUCCCAUACUGUCCAAAGACGAAUGGUCCUUAUGUCAACCCACAACCCAACACUCAGCCCCCAACCCCACCACCCACAGGGCCCAACGGCAAUACUCUGUACCCAGUACCAAGUAACAUGCCAGGGGGUGUACCUACACCCUCCCCAACACAGGCACCAAGAGAGGGAUGUGUAAUGAACGGCAAGCUUUAUACCCAGGGUCAGACUUUCUAUGACGGUUGUCAACAGAUCUGUGUUUGUGAAGAUGGCAAAACUGGACAUGUUUCCUGUAGGGCCAGAUGUCCUCAGUAUGAUACCAAAAACCUGAGUCCAUUGUGUAUCCUGGUGCCAAGCCCCAAGGAUCCAUUGUGUUGUAAGAUUCCUAAGUGCGAAGGACUCAACACACAGAUGCCACCGGUUAUCAUUGGCCAGAACACUCCAUCACCAACGCCAUCUUCAAAUCCCCUUGUCAUCCUGACCCCACCCCCAGGCCAGACAUACACCAACAAUCCCGUCACAGAUCAACCUCCUCCACAGGUUUGUGUGUACAAGGGCAGACAAUACUCUCAGGGCCAGAGGUGGCAGGAUGGAUGUGACUACACCUGUGAAUGUGUCGAUGCUAGCAUUGGCCGCUACAAGUGUGUCCAAAGGUGUACCAAUUUGAUGAACGUGCCUCUCAGUUGUCAACUGAAGUACAAUCCCCAGGAUCCAUGCUGCCCAACACCCGACUGUGGAUCUGUUCCCACACCAGGACCUGGUUCCACCUUCCCACCAGGAUACAACCCAACCCCAAGUACUAACCCACAAGCAGAGUACUGUAUCUACAAUGGAGUACCAUACCGUCAGGGCCAGAGCUGGGAUGUCGGCUGUGAGAAACGCUGUAUCUGUGAGGAUGCCACAACUGGCAUUGUGAACUGUGAUGAGAGGUGUCCUACCUACCCAGCCCUCCAAGAAGGCUGUCGAUUGCUGACCGACCCUAAUGACCAGUGUUGCCAGGCACCACUGUGUAUCAACCCCAACCCAUCCAACCCCUACCAAGUGGUGACAGGUCCUAAGGGAACCUUCACAGGAGGCACUCCAGUAAAUACCAACAGCCAGCCGGGUAACCCAAUCAGUACCCAGCGUAAUACAUGUGUUUACCAUGGCAAGAGCUACCACCAAGGAGAGAAAUGGGAUGAUGGCUGUCUGUACCAGUGCGAAUGUCUUGACUCCUCCACAGGCAGAUAUAAGUGUACUGAGAGAUGUCAGAGAAAUCCCCAAGUACCUUCAUACUGUACUCUGGUACAAGAUCCUAAGGACCAGUGCUGCCAGGUGCCGUACUGUCCACUCCCACAGACACAGCCCCCAGUCUCGGGUGGUAGCCCAGCUCCAGGCAGUAACCCUAGUCCUACUCCUGGUAGCCCAUACAACCCACAACCUAUCCCAGGCCAACCAGGAUCCUUCACCCCCACCAAUAUGUGUGUGUACAACGGCCAGGUGUACCGCCAGGGCCAGCAGUGGUAUGAUGGCUGUGAUCUGAUCUGUCGCUGUGAGAACUCCACUAUGGGCUUCUACAGGUGUCAACAGAGAUGUAGCAAGUACAACAACCUACCAACAGGUUGUACACUGACAGCUGACCCCAAGGAUCCACAAUGUUGCCAGGUGCCUCAAUGUCCCCUACCUCAGCAGCCACAAGGUGUUAGCCCCACCCCAGGGCUUGUAUACCAACCUUCACCAGUCUAUGGUGGAAUCACAGGAUUUGGUCAGCAAACAACACCUCAACCUACUCCACAACCAACAAUGAUUGGACCUGGUGGUAUCCCGGUGCCUGUAACUCUACCUCCAGGUCAAACCCCCAGACCUACCCCAGCCCCGACACCAGGGUGUCUGUACAAGGGAAGACUAUACUCUAAGGGACAGAUGUGGGAUGAUGGUUGUCAGUACCACUGUGAAUGCCUCGACGACAUGACUGGACGAUACAAGUGUACUCAAAGGUGUAACGAGUACCCCAAUCUGCCACAAUAUUGUACGCUGGUGAAAGACCCACGUAACCCAUGCUGCCCAGUACCAUACUGUGAUCAGACAAACACCAACAAACCCCUCCAGACUGUUCCACCACAGUACCAAGUAUUCACGAAUCCUACUACACCCAACCCCUUCGUCAUCCAACCCAAUACCAAUCCACCCAUCGGAGGAAGCCGGCCCCCACAGACUGCUACCAGUGGAUUCUGUGUGUACAAUGGAGUAUACUACAAGCAAGGCCAAUCCUGGAAUGAUGGUUGUAAACGUACAUGUACAUGUGAUGACAGCUCACAAGGACUAUACAGUUGUAAACAGAGGUGUCCAACAUUUGACUCCCUACCCAACACUUGUCACCUGAUUGCUGACCCUAAUGAUGCCUGUUGCGUUGUACCUGAUUGUAACACCUUCCCCACACAUGCACCGCGUCCCACUUCUCCUGGUGGCGUGCCAAUACCAGGCUCCACCUCUCCUCUGCCAAUUGUUGUUCCCACACCUGUCCAGCAGUCGUUUACUGGUGGAAGACCUUCCAAUGGGAACCUCAACCCACAAUAUGGCGGCACCACUGGAAAUAACAAGGCAUGUGUAUACAAGGGACAGGUCUACCACCAGGGCCAGAGCUGGAAUGAUGGCUGCGAUUACAAGUGUACUUGUUAUGAUGAGGAGAGAGGACAAUACAGAUGCAGCAACAGAUGCCCAGCCUACUACAACCUUCCUGCUCAGUGUACAUAUGUUGCUGAUCCACAAGACACGUGCUGUAGGAAGCCUUCCUGUGACAUGAACCAGACACCUCCACCCACCACCCCCACUACACCAUUCCACCUGGUGACUGUGCCUGCUGUGUACCCAACUGCCACUGGUACUAAACCUCCAGAUAUGUGUAAGUACACAGACAAUAGUCUACAUGCCCAGGGAGCCAAGUGGAAUGACGGCUGUGACUACAGAUGUACAUGUGUAAAUGCCACCUUCAACAUCUACAGAUGUGAGCAAAGAUGUCAGGCCUUCUCUGGUCUACCUGCAGCCUGCACACUUGUACAGGAUCCACAAGACCAGUGUUGUAAGAAGCCAGUGUGCUCCACACAGACCGGCAUCUCUCUGACACCUCAGUAUGGCGGUAUCAACGGCUCGGCUACUCCUCCUCCUCACACCCUCAACGUUCUACCCAUCGGUACCCACGACAUCUUCACUGGCUCCAACUGGAAUAAGCCUGGUAUUGGGCCAGGUUACAAUGGUGGAUCUGAAGGAUUUGGUGUUUGUGUAUACAAAGGAAAGACUUAUACACAGGGCCAGUCUUGGAGUGAUGGAUGUGCAUACACUUGUACUUGUGAGAACUCACAGAAGGGAGAAUACAAAUGUAUCUCAAGGUGUCCUCAGCUGCCAUCCACACUGCCUAGCUACUGUUCCAAGGUUUCCAUCCCUGGAGAGUGCUGUCCACGCCUUACCUGUGAUGUAGCUGGACUCCAAAAUCUGUACCAUGGUGGUUCUGAGGUUCUUCCAACACCUGCCCCAACAGAUAUAUUUGGUAACCUACAGACACUACCUCCAGGAUACAGUAAACCAUCCCAAGUAAUCAGUGGCACAGGAACUGGAACGCAGGGAACCAUUUCUGGACAGAGCCCUGUUUCCUUCCCCAACGCUUUCCCUAUCUUGCCAAUGCAAUUCUCCAAGGUCACAAACCAAUGCAUCUUCCAGAGUAAGUCUGACAAGUCAUACCAUGUAUAUGACGAGGGAGCUAAGUGGAAGGAUGGCUGUGACUACAACUGUGUGUGUAAAGAUGGCUCCUCUGGAUACUAUGAGUGUACCCCACUGUGCCCGGUCUACAGUAAUCUCCCAUCAAGUCGCUGUUACCUGACUAAACAGGAGGGUGAAUGUUGUGCUACUCCUCUGUGCCAGCUACCCAAUGGCCAGACCAUUAACCCUCUGACAGAAAAGUCCAACUACACAUUGUACGGUACCAUAAACGGUGGCUACACUGGCAUCAGUCCCAACCAUAAUACAUCUUUCUCUUAUUUCACCAACAACUUCACUAAUACACAGAAAGAAUGUCUGUACAAGGGAAGGACCUAUCUACCAGGACAACAAUGGAGUGAUGGUUGUGACUUUGUUUGCCAAUGCAAUGAUGGAAACCCUGUUCAGUUUGAGUGUCGUCCCAGGUGUCCGAUUUACACGUCUCUGCCGUCUUUCUGUCACAUGGAGAAAGUAGCAGGUGAAUGUUGUGAACAGGUGGCUUGUGACCAGCCAUCAUCAUCAUCAUCGUCAUCUGGCCAGACUAAUACAUUGCCCCCAGGUGCCUUGACCACUCAGACCACCAAACCAACCUGCAGUUGGUGUAAGAACCAGAUUGACAACUGUCCAGCAUAUGGCGUGGAAGCUUGCAAAGACCCCUAUAAGAGUUGGGCCACAAGAAACUGUGAAUCUUAUUGUGGCUUCUGCGACUGUGAGCACACCAAACCACCACCCACGACUCCAACCACACAACCAUCCUCUUGCCAUGAUACUCUGGAUAACUGUGUAGCCUUCGGAAAGGCUUCCUGCACUGGUAUUUUUGAGAACUGGGCACGUACCAACUGUAGAUAUUUCUGUAAUUACUGCCCUACUGAUGGUGACAAUCAAUGUGUCGAUGAACAACCUUCAACUUGCCAGAGUCUGAAGUCCACUAUAUGUAGCAACCCAUCCUAUGUGUCCUAUGCAGAAGCCAAUUGUAAAUCAACAUGCAACCUCUGCAAUGUUGGAACUACUGCCCAACCGGCUACUUGUAUGUACAAGGGAACUAGCUACAUGUCUGGGCAAACUUGGAAGGAUGGAUGUGACAAGAACUGUUCCUGUACUAAUGGAGUAUACAAUUGCAAAGAUUUGUGCCCUGUAUAUCCUGAUCUUCCUCCUAACUGGGUUUUGAAGAACAUUGAAGGCCAGUGCUGUGGCAUAAUGCGUCCCCAACUACCAACAAAUGUGCAACUAUAAGGGCCAGGCCUAUGCACAAGAUGCUGAAUGGGAAGAUGGCUGUACAAAGAAGUGCAAGUGUACAGAUGCAGAUCAAGGACUGUACGAGUGUAGAGAUAAAUGUCCACUAUGGUCUCUACCCGACAUCUGUCACUGGGAUCCCCCCAAACCUGGAAAGUGCUGUAAGCAGCCAGUCUGUCCACAACCUUACGAGGUACAAGGUUAUCCCGAUGAAUAGACACUGCAUACAGUGCAACCAUUAUUUAUUUCAUCUUUUAUAUGUUACACUGAAGUUGAUUAAAUAAAUUUUGAACAAAAA